CCCAGUAAUCACGCCAUCCCUUCACAUGGUUUAAGCAUAGGUACAGACACAUUCCCAUGACGACAAGUCUGACCUCUCCUCUCUCUGGGCCCCAAGUGUCUGAGCCCCAGCUAAGGUAGACAUGCAACUGAAAAGACACCAGAGUCCAAUGGACACUUUCUAAUGACAAGUACCUCAAAUAAGCAUAUUAUACUAAUAAAACAUCUUAAUUAUCUAUGUUACCCAACUAAUUCUGAUUCGUCCACGACACUGCUCACAUAGUAGUGCUGCUUACACCCCUUUCCCUAGAUGUACAUUAGUAAUGAAUGUGAUGAACAGUCAUUCCUAUAUGAUGUAUGGUAUUUCAUUCAAUUAUGUAAUGAGACAGAAAUUCAAUCUACAGUAAUAACUAAUGCAUUCUGUUUUACAUGAUCAUUAUUCAUGACUCUCCAUCUUGGAUAAUGGAUGAUCAGAACAACGUGAGUAAUUACUUAUUUGCCUGUUUUGUUUAUUGACAACCAAUAACACAAGACAAAGAACAGACCAGAGUGUUAAUCUGAUACUAUAAAAACUACAGGCCUUGUGAACAGCAGUGUGACUUCUUCAAGGCUACAAAUGAAAUCAGUUUCUGUCACGUCCUAACCAGUAUAAGGGGUUAUUUGUUAUUGUAGUUAGAGAGAAUAAAGUAGACGGCAUCGGUCAAAAUCGUGAUUUAUUACCCUAUGUCUGGCUGGGGCGUACAUGCCCAAAUAAGGGCAUCCGGUCAGGACAUCCUGGCGGGAAGGUGUCACGUGGUUAGGGUCAUAUAGUUGCAUCUGUCACGUGUUAGAGUGUGUGUUAUUUUAUAUCUAUAUUAUAUAUCUAUAUCUCUUUGAAGUGGUCAUAAUGAUUGAUGUGUAGGGACCUCAUUGAACUGGGGGGGUUGUGUUUGAACAUUUCAAAGAGGAUGGCCCUCACACCACCCUAUUUUAUUGCUCUUAGGGUUGUUGUCUAUGAAUUAGGAAUGUCCGGGUAGCUAUGUGUUGGAGGCAGACGUCUUAUAAAUACGCCCCAGACACACAUGCGGCCCCAGAACACUAAACAAGAUUUAAAAAAUAAAACCCUGAACAUUAAAAGAGAAAAUGAUGUCUCCUAGGCCAAUUCUCGGGGUACUAUGCGCCUCUUGUCGUGAACCCAAUGAUAAAAGCAUCGAGGAUCUUUGGGGUUAGGCCCCAGAAUGUUUUAAAGCGUUUUUGGAUACUAGUGAUGGCCAUAUGACUUAUAUGUUCAAACCUGAGGAUUCAACGGUGAAGAUUUUCAAAACAGCGGCCCCAGACCCCUUUAUCAUGCAAAACCCGGGAGUCUUUCUCCUGCACUGCGUAUGAGAGAAUGGCUUAAGAUACACCUAGCUCUGUCAAAUUGAACAGGCCCUUAGCGCUACAGAAUUACCAGGCUAUGCAUUGGAAGAGCUUGUGGGGGGUCGCCAUGAUUUACAAGCCACCAGGAUCUCUUCAAUGGCUUAUAGCCCCGACUCCAAAGUGACAAUUUUAGCAUGUGAACAAUUUGAUAGUACAAAUGCGACGAAGUCUGUCAGUUCAUAUUUAUUUUCCAAAGCCUGCAAGGAUGUGAAUUAUUGUAUGCCUGUGUUUAGCUUUAAAUGGAGGGAUUACCCUAUAUUCAUAACCAUGAUGAAUAAGCUGGACAGUCUUUUCCAAAAUCGUGAACAAUUACGUCAAUGGCCGCUUCUAUCCUUAAGACACACGGGCGAGAGUCUACAUGCAAGACGUAGGAUCUAUCCCUGGAGUGAAAACUUACCGAGUCUUGACGCUGGGGAAUUGAAAGGAACAGUAAAAAAAAUGUUGUGUAUUAAUUAUUCAAAGGUCUGUACUAAAAUAUUACGAAUUAAAUAAAUGUUUUCAAAGCUACCCCUUAACGAACGGGAAUCUGUCAUUUCUUCAAACGUUGUUUAUACAUAAAAAACAUGAAUGCAUGUUACAAUAUUGUACAAGUAGUUUUUUUAAAAAGGUCUGUACUAAGUAUUAUGAAUUAAAUAAAAUGGUUUUAAAGCUGUAUCUCACCUUUAACGGAGGGACUAUGCAUUUUUCGAGCCAUCCCCAGACAUGGCUUGAGAAAAAAGAAUUCCGGAACGACAUGUGCGUGCACUGGGGGUGUGUGCGUGUGAGGGAGGGUAAAUGUGUGUGUGUUUCAAAACAAAAAGGUGGCUGUGUCUCUGCAUGGGUGGCUUUAGAAACCAGAAAAAGUGUGUGUAAGUUUGUUUAGGAUUGGGUGCGUCUCUUCAAUUGGGCUAGGCACUUUCAAUUUUAUUACCACACGAGCCUUUCAAAUAAGUAUUUAUAUCACCCCUUAAGCAUUUGGGGGCUAAAAAGUGAAAAAGCCCAGGCAUAAGAUAUCGGGUCUAGACGGCCUCCUAUGGGUUUAAAGAUAUGUUAUUUUCUAAUCAGCGCCCCCCAAAGCUGUGCUAUGAAGCAUAAACGCAAUAUCGGCAGACCGAAUAUGUCGAGACACCCGCCUGUGGUUUUUGGGUCUCUAGACAUUCGGGGGUACUUUAUGACCCUUUUAGGCAUACAGGAUGUCGCCCGAAAAAACGGCACCCCCAGCUCUGUAAACUCAUGGCAGAAUAGUGAAACUAGCCAGUCGGUACGAUAGCCUAAAGCGCAACUCAAGACUCAAACAGACAGAAGAGUUAUCAGGCCAACAGAUAAUCGCGGAAUCGGUCCUAAUGGAGCUUUCUGAAGGUUUACCCUAACUCCCCAGGAACCAAGCUACAUAUUUCCGCCCCAAACAGGGCACAACAUCUGCGCAAGUGCAUUGCGUAGAAUCCCCCCGGCCCGAAAAGUUAUUUCUUCAAGAAACAGCCCUACACGGACAAGACUCCAACGAGACAUGCCCUGCAGAAUCUGCAAGGCCUGGUGAAGAAAGUCUAGAGCCCCCGGUUUCCGCGAUUCGUCAGAACAGACCACGUCAAAAAAGCCGAGACUCCUCCCCGGCGUAUAACGGCACAGAAGAACAUACACACCGAGAACACGCGGAGGAUUUCGGCGCACCGGACAUUCACAAUAAAACAACGAAAUCGGAUGAUUUCAACGUUUUAAAUGACAUUUCACAGGUAGACGACAGGAUAUUCUGUAACGCAGCCAAUCUUCUUGAUUCCUCCAAUUCUUAUGUAGAAACACCCAAACCUGAAAUAGACCAAGCUGGGUUUAUCAAUGCCUUUUCAAAGGCUCUAAAAUCCAGAAAUGUCUUGCAACACAGACGAAUGGUUGAUUUACUCGAGCGGCAAUACAGUCAGGAUCUAUCCUUCUGGCGUAGAACAAUGUCCCGUUUGUUAAGCAACAAACCGUUUAAAAAACGCAAAUACCGGCGGUAAAAACAGUUACCGAAAUGGACGUGCCUAUAAUUGAGACAGUUGAAAGCCUUUUGGCGAAAAUACCCACCGAUCUACAAGCUUUAAUUGAACGGAUGAACGAGGGUGGGGUAUCAGACAUAAUUCCGAUAGACGAAAAUCUAUUUUCCCAAAUUCCCGCCGACCUAAUUGAAAUAAUUAGACAUAUGAACGAGUCAGGAACAACCGAUGAAAACCAACUAUCGCCAUUUCCCACCCGCCCUAGUUUUUUUAAUAAACCAGAUGAACGAGAGCCUGAGAUCUUCUACACCGGAACCCGCACACACCCCGCCAUUAACUCCCAUGUCAGAAGAGUCUGUAACGCAAUAUGAUGUUUUUGAGGAAUUGGAAAAUUGUCUAAUAAAUCAGGAGGGAGACGGCCUUGAUAGAAGUGUCAAGGUUGUGUACAGAAAUAAAUUCAGCAAUACAGAGAUUAGACAGUUUUUCAAUUUCACAUGGAUGAAUCAAAAUCUCGAUUAUGUGUUUUUUUACGUGAUGAUUUUGGAUACUCUGAACGAACUGUUAGACAGGGUAAGAGAUUAUGGUGAACCUCGUGAUGUCUUACAGUUGGAAAUUUGUGGAGAUAGCAUGCAAAACACUGUAUCUCUUAUUUUACCCAAUGGUGAAGCAGAUCUUGAACAAUUUAUAGCCCUGCUGGAACGACUUGUUCAAUCAAAUUUAUCCAUCAUAUCCGAUAGGUCGCUAGAGCUUAUAGUGCAAAUAAUACGGCAACCCCUGGGUGGUGGGGGUCAGAGAAGGAAACUUGAUAGCCUAAUGCAAUCAGAAAUCAUAAACAAUAAAAGGGCAUGCCUCAUAAACGUUCACAAUCCCGGUAAUAAGCUAUGCUUUGCAAUAGGCCUAGCACAUUUACUAAACCCUGGAUGUACGGAUCUAGAGGCGUUACAAAAGGCUAGAGAGCUUCAAAAUGCUGUCGGUCUGGGCAUACAGGAUGCAAUGGCAUUCUCUGACAUAGUCAAAUUUGAAAACUUUCUGAACAUCAAGAUUGUGGUUUUGUACCACAGUAGAGCUAAUGCCGCUCUCUUGAAAUUCCAAAACAACCCCCAACCUCAUCCUCAGAUUCUGUACUUUUAUGUGCAAAACGACCAUUACUAUGCAGUUACCAACAUCGGAGCGUUUCUAGGCGCACCGUAUGUGUCCAGCCUGUCAUACCGGCUACACCCGAAAGGGGGGGCACUCGUGCCGUUAUAACUGUUCCAUAUGUCUGGAUGAAAAUUGUCCGAUGCAGCCCUUAAACCUGACACCCUGUGCCGAUUGUCACCGGACAUGCCAUUCGGCCUACUGUUACGAAAAACACAAAAUUGAAAUAUGGCAACCCAAGGCCUGUAAAUCUGUAAGCAGUUGUGAUAUUAACAGGAAAUGUCCAAAAUGUCAAUGCAAUUACAACCUCAAAAUAGACAGCCCUAAACCUCAUGUGUGUGGAAUCAUACAUUGCCCAAUCUGUAAGGGCCUUUGAAAAGCAGAGACUCUGAAGUGGUUCAAGAAGUGCCACACGAGUGUUAUAUUCAACCCUUGGCUGAAGAUGAACAUUCAGAGAAAUACCUUUUUUUAUGAUUUUGAGACUAAUCAACAAUCAGGGGUUCAUUUGCCUAUUUUUGUAUCUACCAUGACUUUCAAGGGGGAUAAGUGGUCAGCCGAGGGACCCAAUUGUGCACUCCUCUUUCUAAAACACUUCAGAAAACCCCAGUACAGAAACUUCACAUUUAUAGCGCACAAUUCUAGAGCAUAUGAUUCGUACCUUUUUUUGAACCCUCUGAUACAGCAAGGCGUUGCACCCAGUGUCAUAGCUCAAGGUAGUAAAAUCUUGUGUUUUGUAGACCCAGCUUUCAACCAGAGAUACAUUGACAAUUUAAGCUUCUUACCCAUGAGAUUGUCUCAAAUGCCUGAGGCCUUGGGUUUUGAGAACUCUGUGAAAGGUUGGUUUCCCCAUUUUUUUUUACAUCUGAAGAGAAUCUACACUAUAUAGGAUCUUAUCCGAGACCCGAAAUGUAAGGUUGUGAUCAAAUGUCUCCCAAAGAGCGAGAGAGAUUCAUGACAUGGUACGAGACGGUAUGUCACAGUACUUUUGAUUUCCACAAAGAGAUGGAGUCAUACUGUGACAACGACGUGGUUAUCCUUCGCGAGGGGUGCCUCAGAUUCAGAGCAGAGGUCAUCAAAGAUGCAGGCAUUGACCCCUGGAGUUGUACAACUAUUGCAUCGGCAUGCAUGAAAACCUAUCGUACACACUUUCUAUCUACAGCAUUUAUAGCUAUCCCCUCGCCUGACAACUACCGACGCCAAUUCAAGUCAUACUCUAGUGGCUCCAUUCAGUGGUUGGAGUACUUGGCCCUGGAUAAAGACAUUUUUAUUCAACAUGCUUUGAAUAGGGGUGAGAAGGUGUUGUAUCAUGUAGAUGGAUACACACAGAUUGACGGUGUUGAGACCGUGUUUGAGUACAACGGUUGUUUCUUCCACGGUUGUAAAUCUUGCUUUGAGCCACAGGCCUUGUGUGUCCUAACCCAAAAGACUUUUGGUGAAAUGUACCUAGAGUUCCAAGACAAAUGUGAAUCUUUACAGGCUACUUAUGGUUUGAAAGUGAAUGUGAUGUGGGAGCAUGAGUGGAACGCACUCAAAAAGUCUGAUCCUCAUGUUCGAGCCUUCCUUUCCAGCUUUGACACACCCGAACCCUUGGAGCCACGACAGGCCCUGUAUGGAGGCCGUACCAAUGCUUUGACCUUGCGGUAUGUAGCGCAACCAGACGAGACAAUAGGUUAUGUAGAUUUUACAUCUCUUUAUCCUCAUGUAAUGAGUUCCUCAUGCUAUCCUAUGGGGCAUCCUGAAAUUAUUCACUGCGACUUUGACUUACCCCAAAACUAUUUUGGUCUGAUCAAAGCAACUGUCUACCCACCUAGGGGUUUGUUUAUACCAGUGUUGCCUUACAAGGGACCUCAAGGAAAGCUUUUCUUUCCCCUAUGUCGCACCUGCAGUGAAAACAACAACCAGGAAAAGCCUUGUGAUCACUCAGAUCAGGAAAGAGCCCUUACAGCUGUCUGGGUUACACCUGAAUUCACAAAGGCUCUAGAGAAGGGGUAUCGUGUGGCCAAAAUCUUUGAAGUGUGGAACUUUUCCAGGAAAUCAGACACUCUUUUUAAAGAGUACAUCAAGACCUUCUUGAGAUGCAAGCAAAUGGCUUCAGGCUAUCCUGCAUCGGUAACAGAUCAAGAGAGCAAAGACAAGUACAUUCGAGACUAUCAUGACAGAGAAGGCAUACUUCUUGACCCCGACCGAAUAGAGGUCAACAAGACCAAACGAAAUGUGUCGAAAUUGUACUUAAACUCGCUUUGGGGGAAGCUUUCGCAGAGAUGCAAUAUGCUAACAACGUCGAUCGUUAAAGACCCCGAAGAAUUUUUGGAAUUUGUUUUUUCGGACCAAUACGAAAUUUCACAUUUUUCAUUCUUGAGUCAAGACAUUGCCUUGGUGCAAUGGAGACGUAACAAGAAGUGGGUUCUACCCCCGGGUAAUGUAAAUGUGUUUCUUGCAGCAUUUACCCCGGCCUAUGGCCGACUUGAACUGUACGCCCUCAUGGAGCAGCUUCAGAGGAGGGUUCUUUACCAUGACACAGACUCUGUGGUCUAUGUAAGCAAACAGGGUGACUGGACCCCCCACUUAGCAACUAUCUGGGUGGUUUAACGAGUGAACUCAAAGAUGGCGACCAUAUCACAGAAUGGUUCUCCUGUAGGCCCAAAAGCUAUGCUUUUAGGACUAAAGACAAUCACGUGGUGUUGAAAGCCAAAGGCGUGACUCAAAACUACGAAAAUGCCCCGCGUGUAAACUUGGAAUCAAUCACACGCUUGUUCGAGGGUCCAUAAACGAUCGGAAUAGUGACUUGGAGAUUUUGAGCUCCUUGUUAGGGAUAAAAAGGGCUUCCAUCUCAGAAAUUCCCCACUUACUAAAAGAUUCAGGGUAGUUGAUGACAAGAGACUGCUUUUACCUAACGGGACCACACUGCCCUUUGGCUACUGACUUAUGCUACAAGCCCCAGUGUGUCUUAAAGCUUAAGAUAUAAUGGCUGCUGUAGAAGGUUUUGACCCUAGGUUGCAACUACCAUUUUCGGCCUUAAUCGCAGGCCCCUCCAACAGUGGUAAAACUUGUUUUGUAAAAAGUAUUUUAGAGAAUUCUGAACAUGUGUUAUCUCAGAAGCCUGACAAUAUUGUGUGGUGUUAUUCGUGUUAUCAACCUAUGUAUGAUGAAUUGUUGAAGAAAAUAAAAAUCAAGUUUGUUGAAGGAA